GCGUAAUUUACUGCAAUUCAAAACUAAUAAAAGCCUCGCCUCCUCCACUGGUAGCUUCUCCGCGCUCGAAGAGAGGGUUUUGCUUUCACUGAUCUCCAAAAUUUCCAGACAAUGUUUAAGGCUCCGGAUCAUCAAGUUGCUGGCCACAUGGCCGGUGCUGGAGCUCUUGGCCCUCUUGUUGAUGAUGCAGGGAACUUUUACAAGCCUCUUCAAAGUGAUGAACGUGGGGCCAAAGAAGUGGCAUUCUAUACAGAAUUUUCAUCUGAAACUAGGAUUCCAGACAAAAUCCGCAAGUUUUUCCCUAUCUUUCAUGGCACCCGGGAUUUGGAGGCAUCUGAUGGUUCUGGCACGCAUCCUCACCUUGUCUUGGAAGAUAUUGUCUCAAGCCGAACCAAUCCGUCUAUACUAGACAUCAAAAUGGGUGCGAGCACAUGGUACCCUGAAGCUUCUGAACAGUACAUUACUAAGUGCCUUAAGAAAGACAGAGAUGGCACAAGCCUUACACUGGGAUUUAGAAUAUGUGGACUUCAGUUCUAUGGAAACAAAGAAACUGGAUAUUGGAAGCCGGAUCGAAAGCUUGUUAAUGCCUUUACUCAUGAUGAUGUUCGAUCAGCUUUGAGGAAGUUUGUUUCUUCUAAUUCGCCUUCAGAUUCAGAUAACGAACCGGAUUGUGUUCAUGCGUCAACUGUCUAUGGUGGCCCUGAUGGAAUAGUGUCACAAUUGUUGAAACUGAAGUCAUGGUUUGAGGAUCAGACCAUUUAUCAUUUCUAUUCUUGCUCAAUUAUGAUGGUGUAUGAUAAGGAAUCAAUACUGAAAGGGGAGAAUCCAAAUCCUCAAAUCAAACUUGUUGAUUUUGCACAUGUCGUGGAAGGCAAGGGCAUCAUUGACCAUAACUUUCUGGGGGGCCUCUGUUCCUUGAUAAAGUUCUUGAAGGAUGUGUUGAACAAUCCUAACAAGUAAUAACCGAAGCAAAAGUUGUCUACAGCUGUGGAAGAAGAACUCAUAGCAGCCAAGUUGAAAUGGAACGGACCAGGAGUAGCCUUAAAAAGAUAAGGCACCUUCUUUAUUACUUCUUCUCAUUCUUUCAUUCUCCUAGUGUUUCAUGUGGCUCAUCUGUAAGGUUUCUCUGGGGGAUUACAAUUUAACAUCCUCAUCCUCAUCCAUUUCAUUACUACUAAAAUAAGAGACUGCCUGAUGUUUGCAAUUUGCUUAUGUUUCCUAACCUGUUGGGAUAACUAUAACACUUGAAACUACAUGCUUAGAUGACUAUUGAUAAAAUUUUAUUCAAUUGCCUCCGUACGGAUUUGUUACUAUGAUA